ACGUCUUUGCUUUAUCAUUAGGUAGGUAGAUAUCUUCAUCUAACGUUGUGUACGACAUGGCGUCUUCUAUGUUAUCUAUUUGUUUGUUGGUAGCAGUACUAACUGUGGUGUCAUCUGCUCCAGCUGAUGAGAAACCUUUGGAUUGUCCCGAAGGUGAAUACUACAUUAAGUGUAGUCAGGCGGAGUGUUUCCAAAAGUGUGAUCAUUUGGUAAAUUUACCGGCUUGUCCAUCUCUUCUUCCAAGCUGCUAUAGCCCUGCGUGUUUGUGUGAUAAUGGAAACCUGAGGAACUCUGAAGGGAAAUGUGUGCCGAAAGAACAAUGUGACCGAGCAAAUUCCAAUUGAAGAAAUACUACAUAAAUUAAUAACCAUUAUUGGUGUUCCACGUGUUUCUUUGUUAUAUACUUCCUUGUUAGUUGAUAAGGCCAAUUAUUAGAACUAUUAAAUGUAUAAUAUUUUAUCAAUAAGUAUUGUUAAUUGAAAACAGGAAAACCUAUGUACAAGGCUAAAACUUCAAAAUAAAUAAUUAAUUUGGUUUCUGUAAGUAA